GUUUGACCUUCAGCCAGCUGGUUCAUUCUCCGAUAGUCGGCACGAUUUAUGGACGAACCAAUGGAAUUAAGUAUAGCGUGUCUUGGACUUAGGCGCGAAUUUUAUUCAACCGUAUAAUUAACAUUUUGAAACUAUAUCUGAUGUCAGUUCUUGAUGAAAAUCUUCAGUUUUAUUCGUAACCUUGAAUUAUGGUUCUGUUUCUUCAUUAUCUAGUUUCUUAUUAUAAUAUAUAGCCCUCUUUCGAUCCUCAUAAGUAUGCUUAUUUUCUCAAGGUUACUAGCGUCUCUAAAAGGUUUAUAAAUUACAGUCCCAUCCUCAGUGUGACAACGAAUGAAGAAUCCUCACCAUUUUUUCACGGUAGACGUCAAAGUCGAUUUUUGCGCGCUCCCACUCCUUGGUUUGCUAGGGUUUUUAGUCAAUGAACCAUUUGGACAUUCAAAUGGUUGUUGACGGAAUAGAAGAAGCUUUCGCUUAACAGGCUUCCGUGUCUAGUAGCAGGGGAUCACCAGAUUCUCCAGACAGGAACCUAGGUAUGUUAACAAUAAAACAGGAAAGGAAAUUGAUAAAUCAUAGUGCGAUACUAUCCUUAGUCCUUAAGAAUAGAUCAAGUCUUCAGUAAUAAGGAUAGUAGGUUGAUGAACCUGUGUUAAUCCUGACACAUUGCUUUCCAGUGAAGGUCCAGCUUUUCCUUGAAAGUAUUCACUGAUGGGGCUGAUACCACUUGUUCAGGUAAGGCGUUCCAAUCAUUGACUACUCGAUGAGAAAAACGGGAUCCCACUUUAAGUUUAUUAGAUCGUGGUUUAUGAACCUUCUUGCUAUGACCUCGGAGAUUAAUAGUGCUGGAGGGAGCAAAAAGAUAAGAUAUAUUAACACCCAAAUCAUAAUUAAAGAUACGAAAUGCCAGUAUAAGGUCACCUCGUGUCCUACGAUACGACAAGGGGAAAAGAUUUAGGCGUUUUAAACGCUCAUCGUAAGGGAGUCUAGAAAGACCCUUCACUAAUUUCGUUCCCACACGCUGGACACGCUCGAGGGAGUUAGUAUCCUUUACCAGACACGGGCUAGCUGCUUGGAUACAGUAUUCUAAAUGUGGUCUAACAUAUAUGGGAUAUAAAAUUCUAAACAUUUCCUCGUCAAAAGAUUUGAACGCUCGGCGAAGUGACCAUAACGCACGAAAACAUUUGACAGUGGCUCUUAAAGGACUCCUGGGAAGUCGUUAGGCCGUCAGCGAAUUCCAGCAUUUGACAACUCUUAAGGAGUAGAAGUUGUGUCUGCAUUCCGUCCUGCUAUGUUGUGUCUCCAGUUUUUGGGUGUUACCCCUUAGUUAAGUGUUGGAACUAAGCCUGAGUAGGUGUUUGAGAGGAUGUCUAGAUGUGUUAAGGAUACUAUAAGCCAUCAGAAGGUCACCUCUAAGACGUCUAUACUCUAAUGGGUAAAGGUUAAGUGAAUGGAGGCGCUCUUCGUAAGGUUUAAAUUUGAGUCCUCGAACUGAUUUCGUGGCUCGUCGUUGAAUACGCUCCAGGGUGUCCUUAUCCUUAUGGAGUGAGGGGGGAAGUACUAUGUUUCCGUACUCUAAAUGGGGACAGAUAAAACUAUUGAAGAUUAUAUGGAAAGUUCUUCCGUCAAACUGGCCAAAAAUUGUUUAGUUGCUAUUGAUAGACAGCUUCUUAGUGAAUAGCGAACGUACGUAUGCAUUAGUGGGGUUUUCGUCAUGAACUUACAUCAACUGGAAUUAUUUUUUUCGCCGAAACUUGUUUUGUUCGUCCAGAUACUUCAUAUUUAGCUUAUAAUGUACUGGCUUUCCAUAUAUAUAUAUAUAUACUCCUAGCACCACACGAUAAUUUGAUAGGUUGUGUAUCUACUUUCAUUCGAAGUCUUUGUAGCGAUGGUAAUGACUUCCCUGGCUUUUUUAAAACCAGUUUUCGCUGGUCCUAGUUUUAUAUUCUUGAAGUGAGUUUUAGAAACUUGAAACAUAGACUCGUUAGACAGGUUGGAAAGUCCAGUAACCAACUAUUUGAGAACGCUUUAUAAUAUUAAGGUCUUUAGAGAUACGUUGGCUAGCUGCUCGCCUGCAACACUUGUUGAUGUCACACAUAUUCGGGGCUUAAAAUUACGAAAUCGAAGUGACCUCAACAUUCAACUUCUUAGCUGCAGCAGAGUAGUGUAUAUUUGUUUCCAGGUCAUGCAUUAGUUAUUCACGAGUAUUACACUUCGACAUCAUGAUAAUAAUUCAUUAACGAUGAACUGCUGUUCGUUGUGCAUUACUGAAAUCUUGAUAUGAUUAUUUUAAUCUGUCAACUAUUGGUCUAUCCAUUCAUCUAAAUCACCUUAAAGCUUAAACUCACUUAGAUUGCCAUUUAUUUUUUUAAAACCUUUACAUUACCUAGGAACACGAAUGUAGACUCAAUAAAUUUAUUAAUUCGUGGACAUAGAGUAAAAGUAACAGACCUAAAGUCGCACCUUACGGUACAUCACAUUUCACAGACUUCCAUCCAGACUCCCUCGCUUACUUUUUUGUUUUUUGACCACUUAAAUUUCAUUAUGCCUGUGGAACAUCUUUUAUUUCGAAGCAAAAGUGUUUGGGUAUAAUUUUAGUGAUGCUAUGCAAGUAGUCAGAACUUUAGUGUACACUUUGAUAAAAUAAUUCAGUAAGCUCUUCGCUUUUGGUUUGGCCUGACGAAACUAUAUACUUUAUGUUUUUCCAGUUAAUUCACGUUUAUUUUGGAAUUGGAGCUGUUAGUAUGUACCUUCAUGUUUUCAAACACCGGAAAGAUAGUUUGAAUUUUCUUGCUUUUCAGAUAUCGUAUCACUAUGUCAUUAUUAGCAACUGGAUCGCUCAUAGUUUUCGGACUGUUUUUUAUAUUUAAGGGCUUGCGCAGGCACUUUCGUUUCGAAAUCGAUAAAAGCUCAGGACACUAUGGGGGCGAGCUGGUUGCAGAUGUCCUGAAGGCUCAUAAUGUACCAUUUAUUUUUACGCUUACUGGAGGCCACAUAUCACCGAUAUUGGUUGCUUCAGAAAAAGAAAAUAUACGUGUGAUAGAUGUAAGAAACGAAGCUUCUGCUGUCUUUGCUGCUGAUGCUGUUUCAAGACUUUCUGGUUCCGUUGGUGUGGCUGUUGUUACAGCAGGUCCUGGUCUUACUAAUACGGUGACGGCAGUAAAGAAUGCUCAGAUGGCUGAAUCUCCUGUAAUCCUUCUAGCUGGAGCUGCUUCUGGACUUUUACGUGGUCGUGGAUCACUUCAAGAUAUCGACCAGCUUGCUGUGUUCCGCCCAAUUUGUAAAUGGUGCAGACGUAUAGAUUACGUCAGAGAGAUUAUCCCUGUUCUUUGUGAAGCAUUUUAUAUUGCACAAUCGGAUACUCCCGGACCAGUUUUAGUUGAGUUUCCGAUCGAUCUGUUAUAUCCAUAUAAAUUGGUUGAACAGCAUACUAAAUUGUCUGACAAAACAAAUUCUUUAAGGCAGAAAAUUGUAAAUUGGUAUCUACGUUUCUAUCUUUUCAAUUUAUUCGCCAAUGGUUUCUCAUCGAAAUCACAUCCAUCCAAAACAAACGGUUUAGAUGGAAUUGUUGUCAAAUCACCGAAAAUUCCGCUUCCAUCUAAAAGACAAGUGAAGAAAUUAGCCCAGCUGAUAAAACUCUCUGAAAAGCCAAUCUUACUUAUUAGUAGUCAAGCUGUUUUACCUCCGAUUUCAGCUGAAGAGACAGCUGUUCAUGUUCAAACCUUGGGGAUACCUACUUACAUGUCAGGUAUGGCUCGCGGUCUUCUUGGUCGAGAUCACCAACUUGGAUUUCGUCAUGCCCGUCGUACUGCACUUCGUGAAGCUGAUCUAAUUAUUCUCGCAGGUGCCAUUUGUGAUUUUCGUUUAGAUUAUGGUCGUGUGUUAAAUCGAAAAGCGAAAAUUGUUGUAAUUAAUCGAAAUAAGAAGAACUUAUAUCUUAAUGCUGACUAUUUUUGGAGACCAUAUCUAACAAUUCAAGCUGAUGUUGGGACAACCCUAAGAGAUUUAUCAUUUGAACUACAAAAUUCUACUAAUGAACUAAAUUGUUCCACUGAAUGGUUAAAUAUUUUAAAAUCACGUGAAACGAAACAAGAUGAAGAGAUUAAACUAAGCUGUCAAGUAGAAGGUAUUGAGCAUAACAAUCCACUUUCCGUUCUCUGGAAGUUAGAACAUUAUGGUCUACCAACUGAUUCUUCCGAAGAUAGUAUUAUUAUUGCUGAUGGUGGAGAUUUUGUAGGAUCGGCAGCAUAUAUUGUACGUCCAAGACAACCGUUAUCUUGGUUAGAUCCAGGACCAUUUGGAACGUUAGGUGUUGGUGGAGGAUUCGCAUUAGGUGCUAAACUAUGCCGCCCAAAUGCUACUGUCUGGGUUAUUUAUGGUGAUGGUUCAGCGGGAUAUAGUUUAGUUGAAUGGGAUUCUUUAUCACGUCAUCAUGCUCCUGCUAUUGCUGUGAUUGGUAAUGACGCUUGUUGGUCACAGAUUGCACGUGACCAAGUUACGUUUUUCCGGUCCAAAGUUGGAUGUCAGUUAAACUACACACCAUAUGAAGUAGUUGGAUCAGCUUACUGUAGAAGUGUUGCUCCUGUAUCAGAUAAUUUCAUAACUAAUAAUAGCAAUCCGGUUAAUGGUUUUUUAGUUGACAAACCUCAGUUGGAACAAAUAGUUCAUAUAUUUGAUGAGGCUAAACGACUUUCAAAUAAAGGGAUACCAUCUGUUGUAAAUUGUCUUAUCUCUGCAAGUAGCUUUCGAGAAGGCAGUUUGUCUGUUUAACACACUGUACCUAGUAUUUGUUUUUUGUAUAUGAAUUUUACGUUCAUUUUUGACCAUGUAAAUUUCGCCUUACCAUUAUAUCUAUUUACUAAUAAAUAUUUUUUAAUAAACAUAUAUCCUCACUAA